AUGACCACCUCAUCUUCCCACGGCGCUCUAGUCGUCUUCGGCUCUGGGCCGGGCAUCGGCCGGCACAUAGCCUCUCUCUUCGCCUCCCGAGGCUUCCAUGACGUGGUCCUCUUAUCGCGGAACCCUGUCCGUCUCGAAGAAGACGCCGCCGAAGUCAAAUCAGCAGCACCACGGGCUUUUGUGUCGACGGUAGCAACGGAUCUCUCCAACGGCGAAAGUCUGACGGAGGCGCUCGCCCAGGUUGACGGCAAGCUGCGCGAACACGGCGUCAUGGUGGAAACGGUUCUCUUCAACGCCGCGCGCGUGGGCGAGAGCGACGUGCUGACCUUCUCCGCCGAAGAGCUGGAGCGGGAUUUCAAGCUUGCCGUGUCUUCCUUGUACACGGUCGCGCAGUGGAUCAUGCCGCGCUUCCUUAAUGACAUGGCCAAAGGCCGCUACAAGCCCACCUUGCUGGUUACCGGCGGCUUCCUUCACAGGGAACCGUAUCCGCCGCUGUUUUCUCUUUCGGCCGUCAAAGCCGCGCAGUACAACCUCGUGUGUACUUUGCACAAGAUGUUCCGGAAGUCGGGCGUCCAUUGCGCCAUGAUUCUUGUCGGAGGAUUCGUCAGCCUCGAGGCCGAGCGAACCAACCCGAAAAACAUAGCCGAGAGGGCUUGGGAACUGUACGAGCAGAGCCCAGACGUUAGAGAGAUCGAAAUCGUAGAGCCCGACUGGGAGAGCAGGACCAAGUGGGACAUCUAA